AUGAUGACGUGCCGUCUGCUGUGCGCCCUGUUGGUGCUCGCCCUGUGCUGCUGCCCGUCCGUGUGCGUGACAUCGAAUGAUGGACAUACUAAUACUGAGACGAAUAUAACCCCUAAAGAAAAUGUAAACAAAGGGACCGUUACCGCAUUGUCAUCGAGUACGCCCACUAAGCCAGGAUCAACAAGUCCGGCGGACACUACGGAAGAAGUUUCAGAAGAAGAGCCCGGUUCGUUACGGUUAUCAGAUGCAGUCAUUACGGGACAGGUUGAAAACAAUGCGGAUAUGGAAAUAAAACCAAAUACGACGACCACAACCACAAAUGCGCCAACUACGACCACCACGACCGCUGCACCACAGGCACCAAAUACCACUACGACUACGGAGACGCCAACCACGACGACCACCCGCGCACCGUCACGUCUUCGCGAAAUCGACGGCAGCCUCAGCAGCUCUGCGUGGGUGUGUGCCCCGCUGCUGCUCGCCGCAUCCGCGCUGGCGUACACCGCUGUGGGCUGA